UUACGCUGCGCCACAAUGGGAACUCCAGGAUUUUAUUCUUGAUCAUCUGUACAGAAUUACCUGUCAGUGCCUUACUUAGCAUUGGAGUUGUCAGGGGUUUACUGGGAGCUUCCAAAUAUCUGCAUUUCCUCCCCAUGGAAGGUUCCAGUGGGCAGAGAAGAAAGAAUGGCAGGCUCUCCUCCUCUUGUUGCUGAGGACAUCACCCUGGACGAGGGACUGGGCGAAUCGGAAGCUGUGGCUGACAUCAAGUUCUCCUCGGCAGUCCCUUCGGAUGUUUCUCACCUCAGUGCUCCGGGCACGGGCCACGGGCUUCACCGCCCGAAGACAUGUAAGGAAUUUGCAUAAGACAGCUGUGCAGAAUGGAGCUGGAGGAGCCUUAUUUGUGCACAGAGAUACUCCUGAGAAUAACCCAGAUACUCCAUUUGAUUUCACACCAGAAAACUACAAGAGGAUAGAGGCAAUUGUAAAAAACUACCCAGAAGGGCAUAAAGCAGCAGCUGUGCUUCCAGUCCUGGAUUUAGCCCAAAGACAGAAUGGAUGGCUGCCCAUCUCUGCCAUGAACAAGGUGGCAGAAAUUUUACAAGUACCUCCAAUGAGAGUAUAUGAAGUAGCAACUUUUUAUACAAUGUAUAAUCGAAAGCCAGUUGGAAAGUAUCAUAUUCAAGUCUGCACCACUACGCCUUGCAUGCUUCAAAACUCUGAUAGCAUACUGGAGGCCAUUCAGAAAAAGCUUGGAAUAAAGAUUGGAGAGACUACACCUGACAAACUUUUCACUCUUAUAGAAGUGGAAUGUUUAGGGGCCUGUGUAAAUGCACCAAUGGUUCAAAUAAAUGACAACUACUAUGAGGAUCUGACACCUAAGGAUAUUGAAGAAAUUAUUGAUGAACUCAAGGCUGGCAAAAUCCCCAAACCUGGGCCAAGGAGUGGACGCUUCUCUUGUGAGCCAGCUGGAGGUCUUACCUCUUUGACUGAACCACCUAAAGGACCUGGGUUUGGUGUGCAAGCAGGCCUUUAAUUUAUAUUCAGCUGUAAAUAUGUCACUGGAGAAAUAAAGUACGAACCUCCUGUCUAAAAAAAAAUAAAAAUAAAAAUAAAGUCCCUUCAUAUUGUUCCUGCCCACUUAAA